GUGCAUGGCCUGGGCUGGACAGGGGGAUAGUGUCUGAGCCGGACAUGGCUUCACCUCGGAGGGUGGUCGGCCGUUGUCCUGCUUUGUUCCUGCUGGCCGUGAUGGCUGAUGUGGUGGGACUUGGUCUUAUACUCAUUGGGAUCUUCGUCAACCUAGAGAUGGAUGGCAGGAGUUUUGGGGAGUUCCUCAUCUACACCGGUGGGAUUAUGCUCUUCUUCAGCCUGCUCUCGUGGCUGGCGUGGUACACCUUCAACCUGGAGGUCUCCAUGCAGGAACUCAUGAUGGACCCUUCUAUGACACAGAAGAAGAGCAACAUAGCCCAGAUAGCCAGGAAGUUCUCAGAGAGGUUCUCCAGAAGGGCUAAAAGAAAGGAUUCCUCUAGAGACACCCUUCGUACUCCAAACCAACCUGGAGAACCUCUCCAUCUAACCCCAUCUGUCUUUAUCAAUAAUGGGUUCAGCAGCCCCCUUGAUUCUCUGAGGUCCAGUGGCAACCACCUGGAGCUAAGUACAGUCAGUUGUUUGGAUGGGAACCCAAAGAUAGCAAUCACCCAGCACAUAGUAGACAAACUGGUGUAGGUCCCAUAAUCUGGAACUGAGAGGUCGUCUGACACUUUAACAUUUACAUGGAUAAAUCCUCGUUUUGGACGUUCGCAAGACUCGAGCUUUGGCUGCUGAU